ACAGUAGAUUGACUCGGUCUUGGGAGUUGGGACUGUUGGGACUCAGCGAAAAACAAACUGAAAUUCAGAAAUUGAGAAACGGAAAAAAGUACAAUUUGCGGUAGUGAAAAUUAAGUGAUGAAGUAACCAUUGAAAUUAAUUAUAUUUGUUAACGAAAUUAUUAUGCUCGUUUUUUCGAACUAAACAUGAGCCUAAAGAAUGAUAGAUAGUGGUACUUGGUCCGGUUGUUUCCUCAUUCUCUGUAGGCUGUGAAGUGCUCAGUGUUUCAUCUGCAGUAAAUCAUCAAAAUUUACAAAUUUUCCUAUAAUUUCAACAGAAUCAAUGUUAGUUUGCUACUUCUUUGUCAAGUCGAAUCGGUGACAGCAGCUGAAUCGCUCACAUACAUUCAAGUGAUCCUGGACGUGGGUGAUAUUUCUAUUUCAUUUAAUCAAGUCAUCAGAGAAGCGCGUGAACAUGGAAGAUAACACGCAUGAUUUGGAUCAACAAAUUGAACAGCUCAAGCGGUGCGAAAUUAUUAGUGAAUCACAAGUAAAAGCAUUAUGCGCCAAGGCGAGAGAAAUAUUAGUAGAGGAAAGUAAUGUUCAAAGAGUUGACGCUCCGGUGACGGUUUGUGGUGAUAUACACGGGCAGUUCUAUGAUUUGAAGGAACUUUUCAAAGUAGGAGGAGAUGUACCCGAAAGAAAUUACCUUUUUAUGGGCGAUUUUGUAGAUAGAGGAUUUUAUAGCGUAGAAACUUUUUUAUUACUCCUAGCUUUGAAAGUGCGAUAUCCUGAUAGAAUUACUUUAAUACGAGGUAAUCACGAAUCUAGACAGAUUACUCAAGUAUAUGGUUUUUAUGACGAAUGUCUUAGGAAAUACGGUAGUGCAGUUGUUUGGAGGUACUGCACUGAAAUUUUUGACUAUCUAAGUUUAUCCGCUAUUAUUGAUGGCAAGAUAUUUUGUGUCCACGGAGGUUUAUCGCCUUCCAUUCAAACUUUGGAUCAGAUACGCACCAUUGAUCGUAAACAAGAAGUGCCACACGAUGGACCUAUGUGUGAUUUGUUGUGGUCUGAUCCUGAAGAUACUCAAGGUUGGGGAGUCAGCCCAAGAGGUGCUGGGUACUUAUUCGGUUCUGACGUAGUGGCUCAAUUCAAUGCAGCCAACGAUAUUAAUAUGAUUUGUCGUGCGCAUCAACUUGUAAUGGAAGGUUACAAAUGGCAUUUCAAUGAAACCGUAUUGACUGUGUGGUCUGCACCGAAUUAUUGCUAUCGAUGUGGAAAUGUCGCCGCGAUAUUAGAAUUGAACGAACAUUUACAAAGAGAUUUUACUAUUUUUGAAGCAGCGCCCCAAGAAACCAGAGGAAUUCCUGCUAAAAAGCCUCAAGUGCAUUAUUUCCUAUAAUUUACGUUUUGUAGUUAUUUUACAUUUGUAUGAUUAUUUUAAGGACCAAUUUAUUAAUGUAUUGAAUAUUUUAAAUUUUCGCCCCUUUUUAAAAGUACCCUAUCAUGUAAAAUUAAUUUUUCCAACUUAACAACGUUGUUCCCAUAUGAAAGUUUCGAUGAAAGUAAUCCCUCUUAAUUUUUUUUGUUGAUGAAAUAAGUGAAUACAGCUAUUUGAUAUGA